CCGGUGACAGCAUGGCGGCGAAAAGGAAAGCUCGCGACGUUUCAAGCCCGUGGAUUCGAAAUAGCAUAUUAAUAUUGUGUAGUUUAGGUAUAAUUAUAUCUGGAUAUGCGUAUCAUGUAGAAAUUUCCAAAGAGAAGGAUGACUCGUACAGAGCUUUGUGUGAUCUCAGUGAGACAAUCAGUUGUUCCAAGGUGUUUACAUCACGAUGGGGAAGAGGCUUUGGCCUGAUUGACAGAAUUGUUGGACGUGAAAGCUGGCUCAACCAACCUAACAGUGUAUUUGGCAUGGCCUUCUAUGCUUUUCAAGUCACCCUAGCAUACAACCCGACCUCAGUGGGAGCCAUUGUGCAGUUUGUGUCAUCAGUGAUUGCCAACGUGGGCUCUGUGUACCUGGCGUACAUCCUGUUCUUCGUGCUGAACGAUGUGUGUAUUGUGUGUAUCAGCAUGUACAUCGUCAACUUCCUCCUCCUCCUCUGCAGCAUCUCCAAGCUGAGGAAGUCAAUGGCUGCCCAGUCCCAGAAGCUGAGGUGAUGGCAGCCAACCAGACACUUGAUACUGAUGCAAGGACUCACCUCUAGAACCUCAUAUUAGUUCAUUAUGUCUUAGUCGUAUGAGGCAACUAACGAGAUCAGGUGGUUAGACUCGCUGUCUUGGUUGAUGCCAUCGUAUCCCAAUUUGGUGGAUCGAUGCUCAUGUCAAUCAAUGGAUUGUCUGGUCAAGACUCAACUAUUUACGGACCUGCGGCCAUAUGGCUGGAAUAUUUCCGAGUACGUGUUAAACAACAAAUGAUAAUUGUCUGGUCUUACCCCUAUGUUGUUGAAAAUACCCUUUAAAUCUGGCUGGUCCAAUGUCACAGUGAUUGAGAAUAUAUUGCUGCUAUAUGUCCAUGUCUUCAACGAGAGCAAAAGUGAGUAGGAGUGAACCCUGGUUGUACUAUUUUAUUAUUUAUUGGAGUUGUUCAUCAGUCUAAUUGUCUUAAAACUGGGAAGGAAGGCAGCAUCAGUUUACCAUUCAUCUAAUCUCAGGUAAUGUACCAAAAUGCUUUUACUUAGCAGCAUCAUUAGUUUCUUGUUGUAUCAAGUUUUGAUGCAAUGGUAUUUCUAUAUCAUGAUAUACAAGAGUCAUCAGGAGAUGACAAAUUCCCCCGGGCCCUCACAAAUUUGAAAGAACAAUUCAUCUGACUGUUACUUGAAGUCCAACUUGAUGAGAGAUUAUCUAGUUUAUCUGUCCAUAUGCAAGAGUAGUUAUUGAGCUAUCAAAACAAUACCAUGGAAUUGGGAUUCGGAACUUGGUAUUUCUAUGUCAGGUACACACCAAUAUGAACAGUCAAAGUCAAACUUGUUGCCAUGGAAAUGGAAAAAUAAUAACUUCUAAACACCCCUAUGUAGCAAUUGGCACCAUAUGGUAAUCUGGUCACACUUGCACAAAGCGAUCUUAGCGCUAAGACUAUCGUAAGCGUAAGUAUGGGAGUUACGAUCAUUUUAGCGCUAAGAUUGCUUUAUGCAAGUGGUCCCUGGUCAUUGUGUGUGCAUAGUUUCAAGAAAGAGUACCUAUUAGUUUUAGACAUAUGGUCCGGACAAACGCACCACUAUGAACAUAGUCAAAGUCAAACUUGUUGCCAUGGAAACAGGAAAAAUUCAUAUUUCUUAAAUUCCAAAAUAGUAAGGGUCACAGCUUCAGCCCUUGAUUAAUACUUGUACCAAGUUUGGAUGAAAAAUGUUGAAUAGUUUUUAGUUCCUCUCCGGAAAUGACAUCCACCUUCAGAUAAGUCUAACUUGUUUCCAUGGAAACAGGUCUCUAGUCCACAUACAUGUAGUGAGGAUUGUCUCUAGUCCACAUACAUGUAGUGAGGAUUGCAGAAUGGCUUUAGUAUACAUACACUUGUAGUACACAUACAUGGAUUUAAGUGCCUAUAAAUCAUCAGAUUUUAAUAUUCAUAUGGCUUUCUUCUACUUAUGUUUUAGUGUAAUGUUUGUUGUAAAGUAUGAUUCCAAGUGUGCUGUCCAUGAUGUCUAGAUUUCAUUGAUUUGUAAAUGUCCACUCAUCAGGGUAUUGAGCAACAUGUUGAAAGUGGUAAAUAUACUGAAUGCUCUUGGUA